UCAUUAUCACUUUAUUUUUGGUUUCAUGAAUAUAAAAAUGGGGUGAAAGCAGUAGGAGGUCUGGUUCCAGGACUCAGGACAGCGACGGCAGGUGUCGUCGUCGUCGUCGUCUAGGAGACCAAGAGCAAGGCCCGCGCGGGAGCAGGGCAGUCCGCCAUGUCUGAUUGGCAGGCAGCCCUCCGCCCGCCCUCCUCAGGCCCCUCAGAUCGGGGAACUCUAAGGGCUGGAGGCGGAGGCCCGGGCCUCCCGGAGCAACCCAGCUCUGGUGAAAAGCAGACCCAGGGAGCGGGUGGAGUUACCAGAGCCGGCGAUGUGGGACGCCGUCGGCCCAUGGCGCCGCCGGCGCAUGCGUAUCGGGGACCCGAAGCCAGCGCGGCGCGGUCGCCAUUGCGGGAAGGCUGUCGUCAGAGCCGGCCUAGCCGGCGGCUGGUCCAGCCCCAGGGGCCCAGGCACCUGGCGCCAUUGGCUUAGACAUCAGGGCCCUCAGCACCCUCUCCCGCCCGGGUCGGGACUGGCGGCGGCGACAGGGAGGCGGCGUCGUCAGGGGGCGGAGCCUCCCGGAGCGCCCUUUGUCCGAGGCGGCUGUUAUGCCUUCUCAGAAUGCUGUUCCUUCUCAGGAAGGGACCACGAAGAGGAAAGAAAUGAAUGCUGGAUCACAGAUAGUCAGGUCCCAGGAAUCACUGACAUUCCAGGAUGUGGCUGUGGACUUCACCAGAGAGGAGUGGGACCAACUGUACCCUGCUCAGAAGAGCCUCUACCGAGAUGUGAUGCUGGAGAACUACAGGAAUCUAGUUGCACUAGGGCAUCAACUUUAUAAACCAGAGGUAAUUGCUCAAUUGGAGCAAGAGGAGCAGUGGAUGCUAGAAAGAAACAGCCCACUGGACACUCAUCCAGACAGGAAGAACCAACCUGAAAUAAAAAAGUCAACUCUAAACCAGAAUAUUUCUGAUGGAAAUCCAACCUGUGACAUGAUAAUGGAGAGACUAACAGGAGACAGCUUCUGGUACUCCAUCCUAGGAGGACUCUGGGACUUUGAUUACCAAUUAGAGUUUAACCAAGAAAACCAGCAGAAACAUUUAGGACAACUAUCUCUCACUCACAAGAAGAUCACUCAGGAGAGAACCCUUGAAUGCAGUAAAUUUACAGAAAACUAUAAUCUGAACUCAAACCUUAUGCAUCCAAGAACUUCUUCAAUUAAAAUACCUCUUAGUUUUGACACACAAGGAAAUAACAUCAAACAUAAUUCAGACUUGAUUUAUUAUCAGGGAAAUUAUAUAAGAGAGAAGCCCUAUGAAUAUAAUGAAUGUGGAAAAAUCUUCAAUCAACAUAUUCUUCUUACUAAUCAUAUUCAUACCAGAGAGAAACCCAGUGAAUGUGAGAAGGCCUUCAGCUACAACUCAUCUCUUACACAACCUCAGAUAGUCCUUACAGGAGAGAAGCCCUAUAAGUGUGAUGAAUGUGGAAAAAGAUUCAGUCAGAGGAUACAUCUUAUUCAACAUCAGAGAAUUCACACAGGAGAAAAACCUUUUAUAUGCAAUGAAUGUGGGAAAGCCUUUCGUCAACAUUCAUCUUUUACUCAACAUCUGAGAAUUCAUACUGGAGAGAAGCCCUAUAAAUGCAAUCAAUGUGGUAAAGCCUUUAGCCGUAUCACAUCACUUACUGAACACUAUAGACUUCAUACUGGAGAGAAACCUUAUGAAUGUAGUUUUUGUGGCAAAGCCUUCAGCCAGAGAACACAUCUUAAUCAACAUGAGAGAACUCAUACAGGAGAGAAACCCUAUAAAUGUAAUGAAUGUGGGAAAGCCUUUAGCCAGAGUGCACACCUUAAUCAACAUAGGAAAAUCCAUAUUCGGGAGAAACUGAGUGAAUAUAAGUAUGAAAAAACAUUAAGCCAUAGUCCUUCCUUUACUCAGCAACAUAUAACUCAUGAUGGAGAAAACCAUAUAAAUUUAUAAAUGUGGGAAAUUUUUUAUCCCAUUCAAUAUCAUAUUAUUCAUAGUGGAGAGAAAGCUUAUAAAUAAAUGUUUACUGCUUACAAACCAAAAAAUUGAGACUUUAAACUACCUAGCAGCAUAUUCCCAGGAGGAGUUAUAAAUAGUGAAAAUAAUUUUAUAAAUAAAAUUAUAUUAGAAGUAAUGUUCUAAAUCUGGUUUUAGAAAAAUUUUUAAAGAAAUAAGCAGAAAUUCUGAAGGCAAUAACUUAUAAUUAUUUACCUGUAAUUCACCUAUACGUUUUAUGGUAUCAGGUUUUUAAAUCGUAUAAACAUUGAUUAUUCAAGGCAAUGCUAUAGUGCAGCCAGUCACAUAAACUUGAAAUAAACAUGAAAGAGUAGUAUUUCUCACACUUAUGUUAUUUGUGUACUUCCUUUAGUUUUUAUUGUAUCUAUUACUCAAUAUUUUUUAUAAAGGGACUCAGGAGUUUUAGCCUUCUAGGUAAUAUCAUUCAGCAUAUAAAACUCACAAUUUAGUUUUUUUUUAAUCAGACAUUACCUGGGAACAGGUAAUGGAGGGAGGGAGUCUCACAAUUUAGUUUUAUAUUCUAAUUAUAUUUGUUCUGUUUUCCAUCAAAAUAAAUGUAUAACUUUUGAAGUUAUAAACAUUCACUAAUGUACCACCCAGAACUUGUAUACCAUCAUUUGAGAAACAAUGUGAUAGGAUAAAGUAAUAUUCUGUUGUUCUUUUAGCAAUCCUUGCAUUAUUUUCAUCAAAUAAAUCCUAGGAUCACUUUGAGAAGAGUCUUAGAAAAGGGUCAUAUUGAUGAACUUUGAAAAAUUGAUUCAGAGAAGUCUGCUUUUCUGUCCUUUUUAUUUUAGCUUUAAAUUUCCCUAUGGCAAAGAUAGAUUUUUGUCUUAAAAGUAUUAUAUCAUAUUUGUAGGUUUGUAUCCCAUUUUUGUGUAAUGACCAGAGGCUAAGAAGCCCCACGCCACCCUACCCCACUGUGAAAGAUGGAAGAGUAAGGAACUAUUCCAGAGGUUGAGCUAUGGUGACAUAUUGAGGCUAAGAGCCUCAAUUUGCUUUACUGGCUUACGUAAAAAAACUAAAGAAGUAAUAUAAUUGGGUUAAUAAUUCAUUUGUUGAAAUACAUUUAUAUAAUAACUUUCUAUGAAAAUAAUUUAAGGAGAUUUAAUUGAUUUUUUGUGAUUACUGCCUUGUUUGACAGAAGUUGCAUUUGAUGUUACAAAGGAUUAUAAAUGUAAACUGUCAUAAACUGUGAGUAGUUGCAAAUAAUGAGGAUGCUUCAGUUUCUUGGUUUCAGAGUUUUCUCUCGGUCUUCUCUGACAUGGCUGAAGAAACCAUGAGUGCAGCCCUCUUGUUUUCUUACCUUUCUCCUAACACAUCUCCCAGCUCUAGAUUUUCCUGAUUUCUUUCUCCUAGUGAAAGGCCUGGAUUUUGUAGGCCUUAAGUCAAAAAUGAAGUGAUUUAAAUUAAAACACGCCUGUGGCUCAGUGAGUAGGGUGUUGGCCCCAUAUACCAAGGGUGGCAGGUUCGAACCUGGUCCCUGCCAAACUGCAACAAAAAAAUAGCGGGGCAUUGUGGCAGGCGCCUGUAGUCCUAGCUACUCAGGAGGCUGAGGCAGGAGAAUCGCCUAAGCACAAGAGCUGGAGGUUGCUGUGAGCUGAGAUGCCACAGCACUCUACCGAGGGCGACAAAAUGAAACUCUGUCUCUAAAAUAAAUAGAUAAAUAAAUACUAAAAUUAAAACAGUAAAAGCCAAAAGAGUAACUCAUUUCAUCACAGAAGUUAAAUCUUUUGAAGUGUAUUUAUGUUCUACACAACAGUGGUUGUAAAGUUGAAAGUAGGUCUUACUACUUGAAUUACUAUGGUCAGGGAGGAUUUCUAAGAUUGUUUUAUUGAAAUAUCUGUGCGAUAGCAAUCAAUUUUCAGGGAAGAUCAAUUCUGAAAAUAUCUUCAGAAGGCAGAGUAUAGAGAACUCAGAAUUCUGGAUGGGAAAGAAUGAGCCAAGGUGAAGUCUCAGACAACAGAGGUAUGUAUUAAAAGAAGUAAAAAUUAGCCAGGUACAGUGGCUCAUACCUGUAAUUCUAGCACUUUGGGAGGUUGAGGCAGGUGGAUGGCUUUAGCUCAGGAGUUUGAGACCAGCCUGAGCAAGAGCAAGACCCCAUCUCUACUAAAAAUAGUAAAACUAGCUGUGGUGGGUGCCUACAGUCCCAGCUGCUUGGAAGGCUGAGGCAAGAGGAUCACUUGAGCCCAAAAGUUUGAGGUUGCAGUAAGCUAUAAUACCAAUGUACUCUAACCAGGGCGACAGAAUGAGACACUGUCUCAAAAAUAAUAAUAAUAAUAAUAAUGAAUAAUUACAGUUGAUAAAAGCUUUGAUCAAAGACUAAUUUUGCAAUCAGAAAAAAACUUGAAUAUAACAGUUCUAGGGGCUCUAGUACAAGGCAGUGUAUCUUAACAUAGAUUAAAAAAACAAGAACAAUGUGGAAUUUUCAGAAGAGGAUUAGCAGAACUCAGUCCCAGAAAAGAAGUGUCUGAACUGAACCAGACCAUAUUUGGCCAAGGAUUUUCACCAAUUCUUCAUAAACAGGAAUUAUAAAUUAAGAUCCUCUUAUAUAUUCCUUAGUGUCAUAAAUGAUUAUAUUUGUACAGAUUCAUUCUCAUGUUGUCUUUUGUUUUUUUGUUUGUUUCUUUUAAACACUGACUUAAGAUAUAAAUAUAUCAUGAAGUCAUUAAUUUACCUGCAAAAUGAAAAUUUUUAGAAUUUUUAAAAAAUGAACAUUUCAUCAAAAUCAACCUAAAAUGUCAGAUUCUAUUAAAUGUUUUAAAUACUUUAAGGAACAGAAAAGACACACCCAGAAUGUCACCAUAAUUAUACCAAAACCAAUUAUAAAUAUGUUAACCCCAUGGAUUUAAUUUUUUUUUCUUAUCCUUAUUUCAGCACUGUCCCAGGGUUCUAAUUUUCUAUGUUUCUAGUUUUAGGUUGUUAUACUAUGUACUCUUUAUGCCUUCCUCAAGUUUCAGUAAUCUUACCAGACUCAAAAUAGUAAUAUCUUCUUAGACAAACUAAGUUGCAUUAGCAACAAGCUGAUCCUUGGGUCAUCCAUAAGACCUACUUUCACAGACCAAAUGACUUUUCUUGCAUUCCCUUUUAUAACAAAACAACCCUAGUUAUAUCAUGGGACAUUUUAAGACCUUUUGUAUAGAUUUUAAAUUUUUGAGAUUUGAACCUUUUUCUUUUUUUUUUUUUUUUGAGACAGAGUCUUACUUUGUCACCCCCAGUAGAGUGCUGUGGUGUCACAGCUCACAGCAACCUCCAACUCUUGGGCUUAAGCGAUUCUCUUGCCUCAGCCUCCCAGGUAGCUGGGACUAUAGGCACCCAACCACAAUGACUGACUAUUUUUGGUUGCAGUUGUCAUUGUUUAGCAGGUGCAGGCCAGAGUCGAAUCCUCUACCUUCAGUGCAUGUGGCCAGUGCCCUUAGUCACUGAGCUACGGGUGCCAAGCCAAGAUCUGAACUUUUCUAAAAACCUUCUGCCCAUUGUCUGUCGUCUUAAUAAAAUGAUCUUACUGGCUAGUAUUAUUUAAAGUCUUUAUAUACCUUAUUGGUAUAAUUAAUAAGGCCAUUCAGCUUCUUCCUGAAUAAUGCAGUUUUGUAGUCAGUUUCUGUUUGACUACUUUAGCAUUUUGAAACACCAUUGAAUCCUCUUUCUACUUUGUUAUUAUUGUAUGUGAUCACUAGAGCUGAUUAACUGUUGAACCAUCUUUCUCCUUUGUCUAAGUAACCAUUCAGUUCUUCCUAUUUCUUGAUAUGCUCUCAACUUUUCCCAGGAUUACUUACUUGGCUUGCCCAGAACUUAGCAAGAAAAAAAAAAUAUUUUUAUGAUGAAUAAUGGAUUAUAUAUAGCAUAUUAUAAUUAUCCUUUUAUUUUACAAAUGCAUUUUAACACACUUAAAUAUAUUAACUUUGCUCUUGAGUGUCUUUAUGAACACUUGGUUGCUUAUGUAAUCAUCUAAUUCCAAUUAACCGUUGUUUUUUUAUUUUCUAAUUAAAGCUUUAAUUGUAAAACAGAGUAUAACGUAAGUUAAAUCAAAAUAAACCCUAGUAAAUGUUUAUAAAUUAGGUGUAUCUGAUUUUCUUAAGUUCUUCAAAUAUCCAAUGUAGCUUUCUUUUUUCUUUUUUUUUGUUUAAUUAUUGUUAUUCCUUUAUUUAAUUUUCCCCAUGAAUUAUAUAAGCUUAGUUAUAUAACUUUUAUUAAAAAAUAUGGAACGCUUCACGAAUUUGCGUGUCAUCCUUGCGCAGGGGCCAUGCUAAUCUUCUCUGUAUCAUUCCAAUUUUAGUAUAUGUGCUGCCGAAGCGAGCACUCUUUUUUCUUUUUUUGAGACAGAGUCUCACUUUGUCAUCUCCGGUAGAGUGCCGUGGCGUCAUAGCUUACAGCAACGUCAGACUCUUGGGCUCAAGCAAUUCUCUUGCCUCAGCCUCCCAGGUAGCAGGGACUACAGGCACCUGCCACAAAGCCUGGCUAUUUUUAGAGAUGAGGUCUUGGUCUGGCUCAGGCUGGUCUGAACUCCUAAGCUCAAGUGAUCCACCCACCUUGGCCUCCCAGAGUGUUAGGAUUACAGGCGUGAGCCACAGUGCCUGAACUCAAUGAAGAUUUUUUAAAGUUAAAAUAUUAUAUUAAGGAACGUUAAACAAGUACAUAAUUUAAAAAGUCAUGUAACACUAAAAAAUAGCAUUUUCUACUCUAUCCCCUCCUAAAUGCAACUCCCCAGAGGCA